GCCCAGGCAGGUCUGCCAUAGCCACAAGCAGAAGCUCUCACAGCAAAUUCGAUGCCGUCGCCACCGUCUGCCGCCUCGAUGUAUUCCUCGAUAGUCUCUGUGAGGUCACGAGAUGUUUGUUGCAGUCGGUUUCUGCAAUGUUCCCCACCUCUCAUGGUCAGAAUUGAUCACCUCAUCGCCGUUUUGUGACCAAAUUGUGUGGUCUUAGACGUUGCAUGGAGCCGGUUGAUGUGCUUAGGGGAAAGUUGUGGCCCUUUUGUUGCACCGUUGAGUAAGUGACCGUAUUUUUUCACGUAGGUCAUGGUUGUAGAUAACGUGGGUUUCUGUAUAUUUGGUUGGAUUCUUAGUUCUGGCGGUGGUAGAUCGUGGUUUUUUGGUUUUCGUUCAGGAAAUGGGUGUGCAUGUGGAGUCAUCGAAUGCUGGUAUUGGUAUGAGGCUGCCGGCUGGUAUUGAUGGUAGUUCUGUCAAGUGGGUGGAGUCAUCUUUUCGAGACAGGAUUCUUUGUAUCUUUGGUGGAUACGUGUAUCCGAGGUGAGGUUUGAAUUGGUGUGAUUGAGGAGGUUUUGGAAGAAUUGCCUCUGGUGUCGACGUCGCGAUCGCACCGGAGAUUCUGUAUUUGGUUUUACCAAAUUUAGGUUUGAGUUAUCCUGGUACGCGUGAAGAGCAUGAUCUUUUCUCAUAAUUCCCACAUGAUUUGUGGUCUCGCAAUUUGUUUUAGUUUUUAGAGCAGAGAAUAAAGAUGUUGGGAUGCACAGAAGGGGUCUGGGAUGCUGAUCCCUGUGCGCUUCAGGACCACUCUGAUACCGAUGUCGAAGGCGGCGGUAUCCGCUUUGUUUGCGAAUGUACGCCUUGUGAUACACGCCUCAGUUGGCACCGCAACUGGCUAUAUCAUUUCUUCACAAAUCUUUAUUGUAGCAUUGCUUGGGUUUUGUAUCACAUGCAUGCUCUGUUAUGCCUGCUUUUACAGCGUGGAGGGUAGAGUUAGAUCUGAGUGGAUUGUCUAUGAAUCAGCGGAUUUUACAAUAAGGUCAGUAUUUUGGUUAUUUCAGAAGCAGAUGUGCUUUUGUUGUUAUCGUUUUAAUGAAUUCGAUCGUAGUGGAAAUUUUGAGCUGGAACAGGCGAGAAGUUGUGGAGUGUGAAUUCAAGGGUAUAGUCGGUAACCUAGGGCUCUGUGGGUUUGGAAUUAAGUUUGAUUGGUAAGUUGGUAGUUGCUGAUAUUUCCAAGUUUUACCAUCAUGGUUAUGGUUCAUCUUUAAGGAGCACAGUCUAUCUGUGUUCUGGAUUUCUGGUUGGGUUGGAGAGACAUUUUAUAGGGUUUGUAAGCUUGUAUGUCAAUUCUGUAAAUGAAAAUUCGACAUUUAGAAAGGUGUAAAUGUUCUACGGGUGUACCGUACACUGCAGUGAAGCUAACUUAUUUUCGUGUGUUGGACUUGUACCAGAAUACGUUGUGAUGAAGUCUCCUGAUGCUUGUGUCCUUUGCCUGCCCUUGGCAAGGUGGACAGAAUUUAUAGGAUUACUCUGAUCGCAGAUACUUUCGGGAGCUGGUGCAAGAGUGGAAUCGAGUUCAUGAUACUGAACAGCGAUCGAGUACAUGGCGCAGCUUAAGCAACAAAAUAGGCCGUAAUGAAUUCAAGUUUGUGAAAAGCUACACAACAGGCAACUAGUUUUGUGUGGAGAAAGCAUGAUGGGCUUGAUGUGACGCAUGGAUCGUUGUUCAGCGUCAAAGCGAGGGGAGUCUAGUGCGUGACGAUCCCAUGUAAUCUCGUUUGUAAAUUGUAAACCACGUAGUAACAUUUUGGAAUCAUGGUUCUCAAACCGAUUUACCUCGACCUUAGCAGUUCUGAUGAUGAAGAAGACGACCUUAGUCAGGACCGAAGCGGCACGAUUGGAACAACAGGGCUCUUGUAUUUAAGAAAGGUAUUUGACAUGGAUGUGGAGGAUGAUGAUGUGGUGAUUAUCGACAAACCUACAAACGCUGGGAGAGUAAGAAGGGACAAGGAAAGGCUGAUUAGGAGUGCAAUAGAUGAUGAUGAGUGUUGCGUAUUGGAUACGGACCCUGGUGCUGUUGAGGCGGCUGAAAUAGCUCCAACUUACGAUUCAGAUGAGUUGGUAGUUACUGGAGAAAAAGGAGCUGUUGCUUGUAGGGAUUAUCCACAUGCUAGGCAUUCUUGUAUUCAGUUUCCUUUCAAGACUACUCCGCACGCUAGUUUCUGUACCCAGUGUUUUUGUUAUGUCUGCGAUUCAUUAGCCCCGUGCUCUUUGUGGGGUGAUGGAAAUAACCCAAAUAAUCACUGCCAUGCAACAGAGGAGCCUCUCUGGAAAACACUUCGGCAGUUCUCAAAAUGUGGUUCCAUUCCUGCUCCUGCGACUCCCACCACCGUUGCAAGUUCAAAUCUACACACAAUCACAAGCCCAACGGGAGUGAACAGAAAUGCCCAAGCUACCCUGUCUCAAUCACAGACUCUAAUUACAUCGCCAAUUCGUCAAUCACUAGUGGGAAACAGUCCUGUUAGUCCAAGGGUUUCACGCCAGACGCAGGGAAACUCCACAGCAGUUAAAAAAGAUCCUCUAGUCAUCAAGUUGAAGGGCAAAAGCCGAAGAAGAUGUUCUCCACCUCGGCACAACCUUGGCGUCCGCACAAGUUCAACACAGUCUCGGACCCAUCGACCGCCACCUUUGUCCUCUUUUUCAGGCACCAGACCCUUGCCUUCUCCUAGACCACGGUCACCAGCGACUUCUGCUAGAAUAAGAGACGAGAUCAUUCCGUCGAUGCCUCCGCAACCUCCACAGUUUACGCCCUACCCUGAUCUUUCACGAGCUGGUACGUAUGCACCUGUGCUCUCAUCUUCGCAAUCUGUGCCAACUCAUAACUAUUUUCCCGACAGAGCAGGAAGUGUAGCACCACCGCCACCACCUGUAGCAGGCAUGCCGCCUCCGCUUCCUCCCCCGCCGCCGGUGGUACAGUACUCACGACCAACACUGCACCCCAAUGUAGCUUAUUACACUCCAAUUGCUCCGCCUCUACCGAACAGUCCACCACCUUAUAUCCCACCCCCUCCCCCUCCUCCUAUUGUAAAUGAUUAUCCACCCCCAGGCGCAUACGGUCAUCACUUGAUGCGGCCUCCAGGUGCAGAUCAUUCAACUGCAGGCUACGUCCCUGCAGUCCCUCACAUACCUGACAGUAGGCUUGGCAUCGGACGCGACUGCGCAGUACGAUCCUUUCGAAGCUUGCAUCGGCGCGGUGACAAGUCCUGAUCGUAACCAGCAGGUCAUGGAUGUCUUCAACAACAUGUUGGAGCCGCUGACACCCGACGAUUAUCUGUGGGAUACGUUUCCUUAUUAGUAACGAGGAGUUGGAUGCUACUUGUUUGGUCGUAGAACAAGGAUUUGACUGUUUGGUGAUGAGUGAUUUCGGAGACAUCUCUCUGUGCAAUCUCUAUACUAAAGAUAUUAAGCUCCUGCUGCACUGUGGAUUCAUGUGUGGACCCAAAUUGGACGAAAUAUUAUCUCCCAGAUAGUGGAAGUCACGAAGACAUUCUGAUAGUUGAUUCGACUGGCCAAUGCUCCGUCGGCGAAACGAAGUUGAAGCCUCCAGUUUUGCACAUGAUUAAGAAGUUUUCAACAAGAUUAAGUUAAUUCCAGUGAAAACUCGUUGUGUAUAUUUUUCAAAAUCACUGGGAAGGGAUGCUGGCUUUUUGCAGGGCAAUGAAGCCCUCGCCAGCUAAAAUGUACAGAAAACAUAUCUCAUGUAUGAGCUGCUCAUUCUGCAGUUGGUUCUUUCCCACUUUUUUGGUA